UUUCUUCCUUGUCCUCUUUGAUUCCUUCUUCUGACCAGUCAAUAACGCAGGUAUCGGACUAGUGGGUCCAAUAGAGAGCAUCCCCAUCGAAGAGAUGAAGAAAGUGUUUGAGACCAAUUUCUUUGGGGUGAUCCGCAUGAUAAAGGAGGUGAUACCUGACAUGAAGAAGAGGAAAGGAGGACACAUCAUCGUGGUCAGCAGUGUGAUGGGACUGCAAGGUGUGGUGUUUAAUGACGUGUAUGCAGCUUCCAAGUUUGCCAUCGAGGGCUUCUGUGAGAGUUUGGCUGUGCAGCUCUUGAAGUUUAAUGUCACCUUGUCGCUGAUUGAGCCGGGCCCGGUGCGCACAGAAUUUGAGGCGAAGAUGAUAGAGGAUGUGAAGCAGAAGGAGUAUCCUGGAGCUGAUCCUGAUACGGUGCAUUACUUAAAGAACGUCUACCUUCCUUCUGCUAUCGACGUCUUUGUGACACUGGGACAAACGCCUGAUGACGUCGCCAGGUGUACCAAGAAAGUGAUUGAAGCAAGCAGGCCGCGCUUCCAUAAUCUGACCAACCCCUUGUUCACUCCCAUCGUAGCGCUGAAAUACGCUGAUGAAACUGGAGGCCUGUCUGUCCAUGCCUUCUACCACUUGCUCUUUAACCUGGAACCUCUAAUGCACGUCAGCAUGACUGUCAUGAAGUACCUCACCUGUGGAUGUCUGAGGAGCAGGACAGUUGCACCGAACUAGAAACUUAUAUCUUUUACACAAAUGUGAAACUCCGUGAGGAUUUAGACCAUAAGCUACCUUGGCUUAAAAACAGCUUAAAAUAGAUAAUCUUUUGUGAGCUGCCAUAUUUCCUUCUGUUCAUACAGUUAUCAAUUUUGUAAUGAACAGCCAUUUCU